AGCCGGCACGUCAUUCCAGUCGCACCGUCACCGCACAUCUUUGAGGACGAGUCUAUCCAAGCACGUGACAAACAGAAAUUCGAAACUUUUUUGAAAAACACUUGACAAUGUCAUCAUGGAUAUGAUGGACUGACUGAAUAGUGGCACUAUCAAAUUUCAAUGUCAAUGCGGAGAAUUGCAUCGGUCGUUAUUGUAUUAACUUUUGUGUGUGUGUUUGUGUGUCAGAUUCGCAUUGAAGUUUUCGUUCUUUGUAUCCCGGGUGUAAAACGCGCAGUGCACCAACAUCCAUUCCAUGACUGCUGUAUACAAUAACAAUAGCCUUUGAAUUAAUUUAUCUAAAAUUGCCAAACAAAAAAAUGAAUUGAUAAGCUGACUGACCUAAGGCAUAUCUCCAAUAUUAAGUAAAUACCAUAUCUUCCGACAUAAGUUCUUCGAUAAAAUUGCAUCAAUGUAAAUAUUACAAGUUUUAAUCAAUAUUGGACUAUUGACGACAAGAGGAAAAUGAAUAUUUUAAAUUGGCUAUACAUUGUCUUCGUAAUCAGCAAAUUAACACAUGCAAAAGCACCCAUCGAAGUGAUAUUCUUCAUCAGAAGCCAAGAUGCCCCGCCACAAAAUCAAUUAAGUCAACAUCUGAAAGAGAAUCUCAUCAGGCAAUCCAAAGAGUUGCAACCAGACUACAGCAUUAAGGUACAGAUAUUACAUGAAUUAUUCAAUUACCCCGGGGAGUGGAGCCUACUACACAUAAUCCCACAUCUAAUGUCCACAACAUACAUGACAAGGACAACGGAAACAACAUCGCCCAGGACAAGUGGACAAAUUGAGAUUGGUGAGGAAUUAAUAACACAUCUUACCAGAUGGAUUGUCUUUUGUGAGGACACCACGAGCGUUAAUGUACGGCUACUCAUGCAAAGAUUAACUCUUGAAAAUCAUACACAGCCUUUGUUUCUAGGCCAUCCAUUGUAUGAUCGUGAACCGACUAUAAUACAUCACUUUGCAUUUUUCGAGAAUCCCAAAUGGUUUCCAUAUCCAAUGCUGCGUGCCGGUGUCGUGUUUAGCAUGCCUCUACUCAAAAGCAUUGCUGACAUUUUCAGCAACCGCAACAAACAUCUAAAACAGAAACCACUUCUACGUUCAGAAUUUAGUAUUGAUGCGGCACAUGAGCUGGCUCGUUUCAUUUAUGAUAAUGUCCAAAUACCAGUGACAACAGAAGCAACAGCAACAGUAACAGAGACACCAGCAACAGCAAGGCUGACAAAGGCAACCACGUCGACAACGUCAUCACUAAAUGAUGGCGAAAGUCCUGAUGUCAACGUUUAUCAUGGGGCAACUGCCAACAACAAGGUGAGGAGUAAUAGUGAUAUAACAGCCACGGCAGGUCACACAGGAGGCCACAUUCACACAAGGACCUCCACUACUGAUAUCCAUUCUGUGGCACACGACAAUGCUUCCACCAUGAAUGUUGACACCAUCAAGAAUAAUAAUAAGCAGGGUGGGUCACACUCUGAUUUCCGGCAUCCUAAUGAAAUCAUUGAUGGUGGGGACUCGAAAUCAUCAUCAUCGUCGUCAGCAACAACUCAGACAAAAGCAAAGAAAAUAAUUUUGAAGAAAGCUUCAUAUAUAUGUCCGGAGGCCACAUGGGAGCAUGGUCAUACAAAGAAAAAAGUUAAAGCAUGUGCCAUGUAUGCAACACAAGAAGCCACUGCGUCAGCAUUAUCAUCACCACUGUCGUGUAUUCCUGUUAAACGUGACCAUAUAUAUUUUGCUGUUAAGACAUGCUCCAAAUACCAUAAGGAACGUUUGCCUAUCAUCAAGAGUACAUGGGCUCCUUAUGCCAAACACAUUAAAUUUUUUAGUGAUAUUGAAGAUAACACGAUACCAACAAUCAACACAGGUGUGACAAAUGUUGAAAUGGGCCAUUGUGCUAAAACAAUUCAAAUUUUAAAAUUGGCGCUGAGGGAUAUUGAAGCUCAAAGCAGUGAUGACGACAACAACUACAUCUUCAAUUCGAACAAUCAUUUCCAUCACCAUCUCAAUCAAAUUGAACAAAAGGAUCGUAAAAUUCAAUGGCUGGUUCUUAGCGAUGAUGAUACGAUAUUAAGUGUUUCAGGUGUUUGCCAAGUACUUGGCUGUUACAAUUCAAUGGAUGAAAUCUAUCUGGGCGAACGCUAUGGUUAUCGCCUGUAUGCUCCCGAUGGCUUCAACUACAUCACUGGGGGUGGUGGCAUUGCAUUGUCGGUGCCGGCGCUUCAAUUGAUUGUGCAGCACUGUAGCUGUCCUUCACCCUCGGCGCCCGACGAUAUGAUUUUGGGUUCCUGUUUGCACACACUUCAGUUGAAAGCACUUCAUUCAUCGCGUUUCCAUCAAGCUCGCCCUAACGAUUACCCAGCUGAACGCUUGGAACAGGAAGCACCCGUCUCAUUUCACAAAUUCUGGCAAUUGGAUCCAAAUGAGAUUUACCGGCAGUGGUUUUUCGAUGCCGACGAUCGCAUGCUGUUGAUGGAUGCCAAGGAUGUGGAGUCGGAGAAAGAAGUGCCGCAACCACCACCUGAGGAAAAUCUCAGCUAUUACCAUAAAAGUCGUAACCUAUUGGCCAAGCCAGAGGAGAUAAACUUUAAUGAAUUUGUACCUGUAUCAUUGAUUGCCACGCUGCAUCAUUCGAAAGAGAGACAUGUCGAUCUGUAAAGUUGCCUAUGUUUAAGUGCUUUAUGUAAUCAUUGAAAACUGUAAAUAAAUUAUAGAUAUAUAGAAAAU